UGCUUAUUGGAAUUAAUGUCAAAUGUUUCAUUCAUUAAAAUUCUGUUUUUCUAUCCAACCCUCUAUUAUCAAAACUGUAUGGAUGCUCAAAGUGGCGAUUGUUUUAAUAAUGAUUGGUCAAAUAGGGUAACAAAUUGCGCAGGUAAUUUAUUUAAAGGGCGAUUUUCUCAUUCGGAUCAAAUAUCAUUCUAAUUCAAUAAUAUACUAGGGCUCAAGUUUCGUUUUAGCUUCAUGGUUGGUAAAUUCGAUAGUUGGGAUCCGGGUGAUAAUUAUUUACAAGUCUUAUUAGAUGAUGCAGUUAUAGAUACUUUUACAUACGGUCCUUAUUAAGGAACUUCUAAGUGUUUCAACUCUGAUUAUCCAGAAUAUUACGAUUCGAAAUCUUAUGUGUUUAAUUUACCUAUAGGAAGAAAUUCAUUGAAAUUAACUUUAAAAGGAAGUUUUGAUGAGGAUAUUGAUAAUGGUAUUUAAUUUCUUAAAUUAGAGAGUUGGGGAGCUAAGAAAUUCACUUUAGAAAUUUUAGAGCCUUGUGUAGAAUUUUAUAGUGAUUGUAAUUUUUAAGGAGAUGUAUGGAGAAUUUGUAAUGGAAAUCAAACAAGCUAAGUUAGAAAUAUUCCAUUUGAAUUUAAAUCAAUUCUAAUUGUAAAUGGAAUAUAAGUCAAAUUGAGAGAUCCAAAGUACCAUGGUGGUCAAACUUAAACAUACACUUCAAACUAAUAUUGUUUAUCAAGUUAUUAAGUAUAUCUUUAAUGUAAACCCUAGUUCCCCAAAUAUCAUCAAAACGCUUGA